UGAGGCCGCGUCCUUCCUGCAGCCCGGGUGAUGUCAGGGCCGAGGAAUGUGGAAAACAGAGCACACUGGGGGGCCUUGUUCUCCCACUCUGAAUAGUCCUUGGGCAGGAAUCCAAACCACAUGCCACACACGCAGCCUGAGACGGCCGAGGGGGCAGGGGAGGUGGAGGCCGAAGGGGACGGUGGGGAGCACACGGAGAAAACAUUAUGGCAACGUGAGAGCAGUCUGAGCUCAGCACCGGGUGGUGUGCGGCCUCGCGGCUGCCUCCACUUGGUAAUCACCCCCGCACCAGUCCUCGGGCAGCUGCUCGUCGUUCCAGUGAUUGCACACCUCUGCAAUAAAAUUCCGGUUCAUCCUCUCACACUCCGCCAGAUUGUCGAACUAGACCACCUAGAUCCCGCUGUCCGGACCACUCCUGCCCAGUCUGUCUCCUUGCUUCCGUCUUGGACCCCUGCCGGCUCCGUGUCCCUCCUGGUUCCCCCUCCUUGGAACCCUCCAGUUCUGUCGGUUCCCUUGCCCCCUGCCUCGGUCCCUGCAGGCAUCGUGUCUCCUCCGGUUCCUCUCCUGUGGUUUCCUCCGGCCCCCCUGGAUCCAUCGUUUGCCUCCGGCUCCUCUCCCGGUCCUCUGGGUUUCCCCAAAUUUACUUUCCAGUCUGUGAAUAAAGCGAAUCACUCUUGUCAAACCAGCUGUGGGCUCUCUGCUCGAGUUCAUUCCGGAUCCGUGACAUUUAUUGAAUAAAAUUGCAGAUCUGUCUCAGA